AUGAAGUACACCACUGGAAUCAUUGUUGCCCUGGCCGGCCUGAGUAACGCUCUUCCCGGAGGAGGAACCACCGAGAACGGCGUGACAAACAACAACUGCUGCACCGAUAUCACCGUCAUCUUCGCCCGUGGAACUGGAGAGCAGGGUAACGUGGGAUACGUCGCUGGUCCACCCAUGUUCAAGUCCUUGAGGACGAAGCUGGGCGCUAGCAGGGUCACCAUUCAGGGUGUCGAUUACCCGGCCUCUUCUGCAGGAAACUCCAACCAGGGCGCAGAUGGUGGUCCCAAGAUGGCACAGCUUGUCGCAACUGCUCUUAAGCAGUGCCCCAAGACUAAGGUCGUUGUUUCUGGCUACAGUCAGGGCGGCAUGGUGGUUCACAAUGCUUUCAAGAACGGUCUCUCCGCGUCUCAAGUUGUCGGUGCCGUGCUGUUCGGCGACCCAAUGAAGACUCAGGCUGUUGGCAGUCUUCCAUCCAGCAAAGUUAAGCAAUUCUGUGGUACCAGCGAUCAGGUCUGCGGUGGAGGUGGUGAUGGCGGCGCCACUGGAGGCCACACCGACUACGGCAAGGUUGCUGAUGCGGCGGCAGCGUUUGCUAUUCAGGUCGCUGGUCUUGCCUAAGCGCAACGUCGGU